UGGGUCUUUUUUAAUGAAACUCUUGGUUGCAGGUAGGAAGGAUGAGCUCCUAUGCUGACAUCUGUGGCUCCAAGCAAGCGCAGGGCAGCACUGAGGGAGGUCACCAGCGCUAUGGGGUUCGGUCCUACCUGCAUCAGUUCUACGAGGACUGCACAGCCUCGAUUUGGGAGUACGAGGAUGAUUUUCAGAUCCAGAGAUCGCCUAGCAGAUGGAGCGCCACGUCCUGGAAGGUGGGACUCAUCCUCGGAACGAUUUUUAUGCUGAUAGGCUUGACCGUGCUUGUCGUUGGUUUUCUCGUGCCGCCAAAAAUCGAAGCUCUCGGGGAGGAUGAUUUUGUCGUGGUUGAUAACCGUGCCGUUCAGUUUAAUGGGUCCCUUGAUGUGUGCAAGCUGGCGGGUGCCAUCCUGUUCUGUGUUGGAGGGACCACCAUGGCAAUGUGUUUGCUGCUGUCUGCUUUUGCUAAAAGUUACUCCAAAGAAGAAAAGUACCUCCAGCAAAGAUUUAAAGAAAGAAUAGCUGAUAUAAAAGCCCAUGCCAACCCAGUCACAAAAGCGCCAGCACCUGGAGAAUCAAAGAUACCUGUCACUUUGUCCAAAGUUCAAAACGUCCAACCUUUAUCUGAAACCUGACCCUUCUCCUUUAGGUUUGUUUCUCACUUGUACAUCACUUUAUCGGAAAAUAUCAGCUGUUGUUGGCAUCCAUGCUAGUAAUUACAUCAAGUGCACUGCUAUACGAGCAUACAGCUGACUGAGAACCUGCUCCAA